GUUUUAGGUUGCUUGAAGAGUGAAUGGUGCUUAAUUUUGAUGGGAAGAGAUAUGAUUGCGAGAAAUCGUCGAUAUACUUAUUCGCUCAAUUGUUCUCAACAAGUUCAUUCAUUAAGAGUAUCGCGGAUGAUUUCAAAAAAAGGCAGUUAAUCGACGUCAAGGAUUGUCUCUCCUCAGUUUACGUCCAUCAAGGUGAAAUGGCCACUAUACCAUUACUGGUCACCAAUGUACAUGCAAACAAUAUCAUUCCAGAAUACACAUCUUCUGAUGAUGCAACCUCCUGUUACAUUGUCGUCUUGCAUUGUCCGGUUGGUUGUUCGAUAGGACAUCUGGAUACUCCAUUGCGUGCCAGGUCAUUUUUCAGAAAUUCUGAACGUUUCUUUUCGAAAGGAAGUGUUAAUAUCACAGUCCACAUAGUCGGGGGUUUUCCAGAUCCACGAAACAUUUCACAUUCUAUACUAGUUGAAAUACUUUCAUUGCUAAUAGGUAGUGGUCACAAUUAUGAACUUGGGGUAUGCUGUGUCGGUGAAAAUAAUAUCCUGAGCUCUAGUGGUGAAAAAUCACAACCUGCUAUUUUGGGUGUUAUCUUCAAUAUCAAAACCAACCAAAUAAAUCCAGCUCGUAUAAGUUGGAAAGCACGUGGACCUGUUCCUGUGUUAAGACUUUUACGCCUAAACUGUGUAGGUUCAGAUGAAAUAACUAACGUAUUCAAUUCAGAAAGGGGUUACCUAAUCAUAGAUCCUUUCCCGUACGUGCGUCCAGCUUUUGUGAAUACGCAAAUAACAUCUGAAGAAAUGCGAGCUAAGUCCACAACACCUGAGCAAGAACCUGUAACAUACUUUGAAGGUCAGAUUGCUGUGCACCGCUUAAGGCUUCACUGUCCUAACUCCCUAAGUUGGUUUGAACUUGGCCCACUGAUCUUCCGUUGUGUUCUAGAUUCAAAUAAACCGUGGGUCCCUUUAAAUGGAGCUUCUGCAGUUGCAUCGGAAGACCCUUUAACAAACGUUGAAAUAUAACCUUAUUAUAAUA